AUGACAAAAGAACCAGUGAAAGGCUUCAGAGCCGUGUCCUUGCAGCAGGUCAUGAAUGCAGACCGUGAGAUGUGGAUGCAAGCAGCUCAGAACUCCAGAGGAAAGACCUUGACUGACCCUACACGGCCAUUAGAUGAGAUCCUGGAGAAAGCCUUCAACGCGCCGGAGACAAGCUACCAUCUCCUUCCUUUGCCGGUCUCUUCCACAGGCAAUGGGAAAACUGAGUCGAAGACAGAGCCCGAGGAAAUUCCUCCGAAGCGCCCCUUUUCUGGUGCUAAGGGAGGCACCCCGGCCAAGAAGGGCAAAGGAAAAGGCAUCGAUUUGCCACAGGGUUGCUCCCCAGAGACUGGUUCGGGACAAAGGAUUUGCUUUCAGUUCAAUCGGGUAGUGUCUGCCAAGCUGGCUACAGAACUAGUUGCUGAAGAGAUGCAACGCAGACACUACUCCGUCUCACAAGCUUUCCUCCAAGGUGACAUUCUACCUCUUGUCAAGCAUCUUGCCUUUGCUGGUCGUUUCCGACGCCCUGACUUGCAGCACACAUCGUGCAUGAUAUUGGGAAAAGGCAAUCACGGUACUUUGACUUUGGAAAGUGGAUGUACCGUCCCCGAAAGGGCCAAUGUGGUGUCAGAUUACCUUGCAGGAGUCGCUAGUAGAAGUGCCCAGCAAGCUGUACUUGCUGAUGAGGAUGCGAUGCCUUUCGACGUCGAAGUACCCGCACCUUACUGGCUUGCGCCAGAAUCCGGAGCCAUACAAUCCUACACCUCCUUGAACAAGCACAACCUACGCUUGCAGAAGUUGGCCAGUUCCUUGCACAUCCUGAUCAUGCCAAAGACGAACAGCCAACAAUUGCAUACCUGA